CGUCGCGUCGCGCGCCUACCGGGACCCCAACUCGUGCACCAGCGCGCGAGGGAGACUGCACCCAGGCUCAUCUAGAACGACUGCUUGUUGUGGGGGACGCACGCGCUAGCGAGUACUUACCCUCAGGCGGCAGGAGCGGGCAAGAUGCGGUCAUUACUGAAGCCGCUGGCUAUCCAGGCCGCGUACUCCCCCAUUGAGACAAUUGUCUUUUUCUUCAUCCUCAGCACCCUCGCCUACUUCCACAUCCUCGAUGCCAUCAAGAACUCGGCUUUCUUCGAGCGAUACCCAAGCCCUCCCCUCCCCUUCGGCAGCGCAAGGAGCGUUGAAUACACAUUGCGACCCGCCCACAUCCUGCUGAAGACCGAGUCCGCGUCCGCGGACACCACGGAGUGGAUCCCCAUCCGCGAAUCCGCCUUCUACCUCCCCUCCCACUCCCCCGAAGUCGUCAAGGUCGAGCUCCAGCAAAUACACGUGCACGCGGAGCCCGAGUACGUCGAGGCAGUCGCCGAUGCGCUAACAACCGCUCCCGAGUACAUGGAAUGGUGUCACCGCCCGUCCACCUCCGUCACGGCCGAGCAUUCCAACGGGACGUGCUUUGCGCACCGCGACGGCGCGGUCGUCACGCUCGCGUUCGCCUCGUCCCGGGGACGCGAGUCCUUCGUCCGAUCAAUGGACCACAUCCAUCUCCCGGUCGACGCGCAGGACGGCGCGCCUGCGAAUGUGGAGCUGUUGCCUGCGCCUACAGUAUCUGGCGCGCAGGACCCUAUGCGCAGCCCGACCUGGAUGGCGUACGCGCUGUGGGCUGUCGGCUCGCGUUUCUGGGAGCUCGCCAAGGUAUGUCCUGACGUCCAGUCGACAUCAUCGCGUCGGCUAAUCACCCAUAUUCCCAGAACGCCCCGUCACUGGAUAUCCUCCUCAUUCUAGCGGGCUACGUGCGUGUUCUAGCUGCCCUGCCCCGCCUCGAGGGUGAUACUGAUACCGCCUGCAGACCCUGAUGUACUUCACGUUCACGCUGAUCUUCGUGCGCAGCCGCCGCCUCGGAAGUGAGUUGGAGGCUCCUGACGCGUCGCUUGCGAUUGUUGCUGAUCAUCGGUUGCAGGCACGUUCUGGCUACCGACCGCGGUGCUGUCCUGCGCUGUGUUGGCGCUGCUGCUCAGCCUGCCCGUCGCGAUGUGGCUGGGGGUGCAUAUUGAUGUGGUGGCGCUAGCUGAGGCUUUGCCCUUCCUCGUGUGCAAUUCUGGUGGAAUUUGUUGCCGCAGGAAAAUCUGAUCACGAAAUUAUAGGAUAGCGCAGACUCGGUUACCUCGAAUGGCAAGCACUCG